UAAAGGGAUAAUUGAAAGAGAUGCGAAAUUUGAGUUUAAGUAACUCUGAUUGUACUGUCGCAGCAGAGACAAUUAGGCAUUUGCUACAACUUUUUUCAUUUACUGUACAUUUUUUUAAUAAUGUCCCAUGUCUCUUAUUACACCGCGGCCUUCACGUCCUUGUCGGUCAUUAAACAAUCGUCUUCGAACGUCCUUGUGUGUCGCUCGUAUAGGUACCCUCUCGGCUUCAUUCAAUCGAAGAACUUUUUCCGAAAAUACGACCGGUGAAGACGUAAAGCCAUCUUGGACCGGUUUUGUCGGCGUCGCUCUAACAUAUAAGACAAAGAUAAGUUCAUAAGGGAUACCUGGUAAAGACAAAGCUCGCGGAAGUCGAAAACAAAAAAGACCCGAACGCGAGACGCGAUUAGGGACCGUAUUAUUCCCGUAUGUUGGUCCCAAAGUAGUUUGCGACAAUUCGAAAUUAAUUUCAACUCGUAUUUAGACGACUACCUAGGUCGUUUUCGUUUAUGAAUGAAACGCAACCAGGUGCUACUAUUCUUUUGAAACUAGCGCGUUAAAUAUACGAUAUUUUAUAUAUCUCACUUAAAUAUUAGUGGAAGUAACAAAUUAAUUCGGCUGCGUCUUCAGAGAACAAGUAUAUCAUGGAGUUUCCUCCGUUUCUAAAAGAACUUACGUUUUUGCUAUUUCCCGAUGUAGGAUAUUUCGGAAAUGGUUUUAAAGGACAUACCAAGCAAGUUUUUUGGCAACCGUGGCUAGAUCAAGACGAUCUGAAGUCUCAAAGUACGUCCAAACAAUUGCCCACAUCGAAAUGGAAGCGUGAUCGUCGAACUCGCGCGGAAUAUACCCGAAAAUCGGAUCCCAAACUUCCGGAAUCGUUCAUACAAAAUUUAGAACAAUCAGGCUCUGAAAAGCAGGAUCAGAACAACAGUAGCACUGUUACGAACACGUCAUCAACGAACGGAUGUGGCACUUCUGACACCCCUAUCGACAUGAGCAUCCGACAGAAGGGACAACCACCCUCAUACGAUCAGACUAUAAGCAAUCCAAAUUUUAGAUCCAACUACAGAGCCUCAGUUAUCAUGCACAACGGAAGUCAAGGAAAGGACGACAUACCAUCAGGUAUGUCAAUGUGUGAUCCGAUAAUAGACGAGCACUUCAGGCGAUCAUUGGGCAAAGACUACAUUAAAAUAUUUUCAAAUGGAGAAACGUCCAAGGAAGACAAACCCGUGAAGAAAACAACAAUUGUAAAAAACCAGGACAGUAUUGUAGAAUUAAUGGACAACUCGGGCCUAACGGUUGAUGAUCACUUUGCAAAGGCUCUCGGAGACACAUGGCUAAAACUGAACAAAAAAGACUCUAACGCAACAGAUAAGGGAACGGUGCUCUCCGUCUAAGUUGAUGUAAAAUAAAAAAAAAAUAAAUGUGAAACUG